CUUUCCCGCACCAUAACACUUCCACUAACUCCGUCGUCGUCCCGCCGGUUUCACAGCUUGUUAGUGACUCAGCAAGACGUCGACCGAACUUGGUCGCCGCCAUCUCUCUUUAUUUUUACGUGGUUCGCACAAAAUUAAGCCACGUGUUGAUGUCGUUAAUUCCUCACACAACUCACUUCGCUUUCUCUAUCAACAUUCAUCUUUCUGCUACUUCUCGAACCUCCUCUCUUCUCCGAUCAUCUUCUCCUUACUUUACCUUAGCUCGCUCUCUCUGUUUUAACUCCUCUAUCAGAUUUUUAUCCUCAGAUAUGCCAAAGAAGCAGAAAAAGAGAGAUCACGCUGAGCAGAAGUGGCAAGUAAAACCGAAGAUGGAUGCUCCAUUUGAAUCCGGUGAUAGUUCGGCAACAGUUGUUGCAGAAGCAGUAAACAACCAAUUUGGCGGGUUAAGUCUUAAGGAAAGCAACACUAAUGCGCCAGUCUUACCGAGUCAAACUACAAGUAACCACCGUGUUCAAAAUCUAGUAUGGAAACCUAAGUCAUAUGGAACAGUUAGUGGAUCAUCUUCGGCAACAGAAGUUGGUAAAACAUCGGCUGUCUCACAGAUAGGUUCUUCUGGAGAUACAAAAGUUGGUCUCAAUCUGAGCAAAAUUUUCGGAGGUAAUUUGUUGGAAAAAUUUUCGGUGGACAAAUCGACUUAUUGUCAUGCUCAGAUCAGAGCCACUUUCUAUCCAAAAUUUGAGAACGAAAAGACUGACCAAGAGAUAAGAACAAGAAUGAUUGAGAUGGUAUCUAAAGGAUUGGCAACACUGGAGGUAUCUCUUAAGCAUUCAGGCUCUCUCUUUAUGUACGCCGGUCACAAGGGGGGAGCAUAUGCAAAGAACAGUUUUGGUAAUAUUUAUACUGCGGUUGGUGUUUUUGUUCUUUCACGGAUGUUCAGGGAGGCUUGGGGAACUAAGGCUCCAAAGAAAGAAGCAGAGUUCAAUGAUUUUCUUGAGAAAAAUCGCAUGUGCAUAUCUAUGGAACUGGUAACCGCUGUUCUUGGAGAUCAUGGUCAACGCCCACUGGAUGAUUAUGUGGUAGUGACUGCUGUUACCGAGUUAGGUAAUGGGAAGCCCCAGUUCUAUUCAACUUCCGAAAUAAUUUCAUUUUGCCGGAAAUGGCGUCUACCCACAAAUCAUGUUUGGCUGUUUUCCACAAGGAAAUCAGUGACCUCUUUUUUCGCGGCGUUUGAUGCACUGUGUGAAGAAGGGAUAGCAACCUCGGUCUGUAGAGCUCUUGAUGAAGUAGCUGAUAUAUCAGUCCCAGCCUCAAAGGACCAUGUUAAGGUGCAGGGUGAGAUAUUAGAGGGUCUUGUUGCUCGUAUCGUGAGCAGUCAGAGCUCAAGAGAUAUGGAAAAUGUCUUGAGAGAUCAUCCUCCACCACCCUGUGAUGGAGCUAAUCUUGAUCUGGGACUCAGUCUAAGAGAGAUAUGUGCUGCCCAUAGAUCUAACGAGAAACAGCAAAUGAGAGCACUUUUAAGGAGUGUUGGGCCAAGCUUUUGCCCCAGUGACGUGGAAUGGUUCGGAGAUGAAUCUCAUCCGAAAAGUGCUGACAAAUCUGUUAUAACAAAAUUCCUGCAAUCUCAGCCUGCAGAUUAUUCAACUAGUAAAUUACAGGAAAUGGUACGCUUGAUGAAGGAAAAACGUCUUCCAGCCGCAUUCAAGUGUUACCAUAAUUUUCAUAGAGCUGAGGACAUAUCACCUGAUAACCUUUUUUAUAAAUUGGUUGUCCAUGUGCACAGCGAUUCAGGAUUUAGGCGUUACCACAAAGAGAUGAGGCACAUGCCUAGUUUGUGGCCUUUAUAUCGAGGUUUCUUUGUUGAUAUUAAUUUGUUCAAGUCAAACAAAGGGAGGGAUCUGAUGGCUCUGAAAAGCAUUGAUAAUGCCAGUGAAAAUGAUGGUCGAGGAGAAAAGGAUGGUUUGGCUGAUGAUGAUGCUAACUUAAUGAUUAAAAUGAAGUUUCUCACAUACAAGUUGAGAACCUUUUUGAUCCGUAAUGGCCUAUCAAUUCUAUUUAAAGACGGGGCAGCAGCUUACAAAACUUACUACCUUAGGCAAAUGAAAAUCUGGGGUACGUCAGAUGGAAAGCAGAAAGAACUUUGCAAGAUGCUUGAUGAAUGGGCUGCUUACAUAAGAAGAAAGUGUGGGAAUGAUCAGCUAUCUUCAUCAACAUACUUAAGUGAAGCUGAGCCAUUCCUGGAGCAGUACGCGAAACGGAGCCCAAAGAACCAUAUUUUGAUAGGGUCUGCUGGGAACCUAGUUAGAACUGAGGACUUCUUGGCCAUUGUUGACGGUGAUCUAGAUGAAGAAGGCGAUCUUGUGAAGAAACAAGGAGUGACACCAGCUACUCCUGAGCCAGCUGUGAAGGAAGCUGUCCAAAAGGAUGAGGGGUUAAUUGUAUUCUUUCCAGGAAUUCCUGGAUCUGCUAAAUCUGCACUUUGCAAGGAGUUAUUGAACGCCCCAGGAGGCUUUGGAGAUGAUAGGCCAGUGCAUACUCUGAUGGGUGAUCUUGUCAAAGGAAAAUAUUGGCCAAAGGUUGCUGAUGAACGUCGUAAAAAACCACAAUCGAUUAUGUUGGCUGACAAAAAUGCCCCAAAUGAAGAUGUCUGGAGACAGAUUGAAGAUAUGUGUCGGAGAACUAGGGCUUCUGCAGUUCCAAUCGUUGCUGAUUCUGAAGGAACCGAUACAAAUCCAUAUUCACUUGAUGCCUUGGCUGUAUUCAUGUUCCGUGUACUUCAACGAGUUAACCAUCCGGGAAAGCUCGACAAGGAAUCUUCAAAUGCAGGUUAUGUGCUAUUGAUGUUUUAUCACCUUUAUGAGGGAAAGAACCGUAAUGAAUUUGAGAGUGAAUUGAUUGAGCGCUUUGGCUCCCUCAUCAAGAUGCCACUAUUGAAAUCAGACAGGACUCCUUUACCUGAUCCUGUUAAAUCAGUUCUUGAGGAGGGCAUUGAUUUGUUCAAUCUCCAUAGUAGAAGACAUGGGAGACUCGAGUCAACAAAAGGAACAUAUGCAGCGGAAUGGACCAAAUGGGAGAAACAACUACGAGAUACUCUAGUUGCAAAUUCUGAGUAUCUCAGUUCUAUUCAGGUUCCAUUUGAGUCUAUGGUUCAUCAAGUGCGAGAAGAGCUAAAAACAAUAGCGAAGGGUGAUUACAAGCCACCAAGUUCGGAGAAAAGAAAACACGGGUCUAUUGUUUUCGCUGCCAUCAACUUGCCUGCUACUCAAGUUCACAGUCUUCUUGAAAAGUUGGCUGCAGCAAACCCAACAAUGAGAUCUUUUCUAGAGGGAAAGAAAAAGAGCAUACAGGAAAAACUUGAACGGUCUCACGUGACGCUCGCCCACAAGAGAAGCCAUGGCGUAGCAACUGUAGCCAGCUAUAGUCAGCACUUGAACAGAGAGGUACCCGUAGAGCUCACCGAGCUCAUCUACAACGACAAGAUGGCUGCUCUAACAGCCCAUGUUGGAUCUGUGGACGGAGAGACCGUAGUCUCCAAGAACGAAUGGCCACAUGUUACAUUGUGGACAGCGGAAGGCGUUACUGCGAAAGAGGCCAACACGUUACCUCAGCUUUACUUAGAAGGAAAGGCGAGCCGCUUGGUGAUAGAUCCUCCGGUGUCAAUCUCAGGUCCUCUGGAGUUUUUCUGAAUACUUGAUUAAACAUGGAAGUUUCUCUCUUGAGGGAGGUUGCUCGUGGAAUGGGACACAUAUGGUUGUUAUAAUAAACCAUUUCCAUUGUCAUGAGAUUUUGAGGUUAAUAUAUACUUUACUUGUUCAUUAUUUUAUUUGGUGUUUGAAUAAAUGAUAUAAAUGGCUCUUGAUAAUCUGCAUUCAUUGAGAUAUCAAAUAUUUACUCUAGAGAAGAGUGUCAUAUAGAUUGAUGGUCCACAAUCAAUGAAAUUUUUGG